GACAGUAAAUGGAAUGGAAAGUACAGUCUGUCUGGAGUCAGUGAUCCUUCAGGGAGGGUGGAGUUGAGCAAGGGGCUGGAGGUCCUCUGGGAGCCACUUAUGUUACCGAUCCAUCGGUUAAGAUGGCUUGUUAUUGCAGUUGGUCUAGUUCGAGCAUACCUGGCUAAAGGUAGCUACCAUAGCCUUUACUAUUCAAUAGAAAAGCCCCUGAAAUUCUUCCAAACUGGAGCUUUGCUUGAGAUUCUGCACUGUGCAUUUGGCAUUGUUCCCUCUUCGGUUGUUCUGACUGCUUUCCAAGUGAUGUCAAGGGUUUUCCUGACAUGGGCAGUAACACAUAGCGUGAAAGAGGUACAAACUGAAGAUAGCGUCCUGUUGUUUGUAGUGGCCUGGACAAUCACUGAGAUAAUCCGUUACUCUUUUUAUACGUUUAGCUUGUUAAACCAUCUCCCUUAUCUCAUCAAAUGGGCCAGGUACACUUUGUUUAUAGUAUUGUAUCCAAUGGGAGUCUCCGGCGAGUUACUCACAAUAUAUGCUGCAUUACCCUUCGUCAGGCAGUCUGGCUUGUAUUCCAUUAGUUUACCUAACAAGUACAAUUUUUCUUUUGACUACUAUACAUUCCUGAUCCUGGUUAUGAUCUCCUACAUUCCAAUCUUUCCUCAGCUGUAUUUUCAUAUGCUACAUCAGAGGCGAAAGGUACUCUCUCACACUGAAGAACACAAGAAGUCGGAGUAAUUCCAACUCUUUUUCAGAACUUUUCAAACAUCAAAAUGCUGCAGAUUUUCAACACCCAGCACAUUUAUAAAGAAUAUACCAAGAUAGAAUAAGUCAGAGGUAGAAGACCAAUAAUUUAACAAAAAUAACCAAUAAAUCUGAUUUCACUGAAAUUCUACAAUGUAAAACGUUUAAAUAAUUUUCAGCUUGCAGUGCUUCAGAAAACUGUUAAACUUUGUGGCUUGGCAGUUAGCCUUUUCCUUUUCCUUAGAUGAUGUGCUAAACGGUUUUCAUUUAUUACUAAAUGCCUGAAGGUUGCAGUGUGAGGGAUGAAGUUGUACCCACUAAAUGCUUGAAUUGGGAUUAUAUUACUGAUACCUCCUUUUUUUUAAGUGCUUGACUGCAUGCCAGAAACUGUAUGUAUUGCUGUGAAGGCAAACAAUAUGCUCUGGAAUACUUUAUGAUUUUUAUCAGAGACUCCAGUGAAGAAUGUAAGCUGGGCAAAGUGUUUGAAUUAAACACUUCUAAAAGGUGAUGCGAACAAGAACAGGGUAACAGUUACGGGAAAUGAGGGGAAUGUGGUUCUUUAGGAAUUUGAACAGUAGGGUAUCUGACCAGAGUGUGUUCUCUGAAGAUCUUGUUUAAGCUGAUUACUUAAAUGCUAAUGUUAAUUCAGAGGCUAUAAUGCUUAUCUGAAACAUUAAAACUCCUCUAAGUACU